AUGCUUAAUCCACAUUGUUACAGAGAAUUUUUUAUUUUAAUAAAUAAUCCUAAUAAUAAAACUAAUGCAAGAGCAGUAUGCAAGUAUUGUAGUAAAAAAAAUGGUGGUGCUCAAGCUGCAGCUUUAAUACCUGGAUUAGCAGAAGAGAAAAGAAAAUCGAAAAAUAAUAAUAAUGAUGUAGUUGAACAGAACAAACCUAAAUGUCAAAAAAAUAUUACAAAUGAUACUUCAACAGCAUCAUCAAUUAUUCAAAAACAACCAUUGAUUUCUGAAAAUGAGGAUACCAAAACAUUUUUUAAUUUUUUGGCACCUGGCAUUGAACUUCCAACAUGUAAAAAACUUGGUGAACAAAUUUUGCUAAACACAUCUAAAAAUCUACAAGAAUCAAUCAUUAAAAUUGCUCAAUCAGAUGAAAAUGGAGUAACUGUUGCUGUUGAUGGUUGGUCAAAUGUAAAACAAAAGAAGCUAUGGGGAGUAGUACUGGUUACAUCAAAUGGGAAACCAUUAAUCUGGGGUGCUCAAGAAACUACUUCUGAAAGAUCACAAACACAAGAUGUCAUACAUCAUUUUGAAAACUUGAUGAAUGAACUUAAUGAUAAAAAUAUAAAUGUUACAGCAUUUAUAUCUGAUUCUGCUGGGGAGUAUGUUGCAGCCAGAAAAUAUCCUGAUAAAAUAUUUCUUCCUUGCAUGGCUCACCAGAUGAAUUUGGUAUUUGCUGAAAUAUUUAAAGAAAGUCCUAUUUUUGAAAGAAUAUCUGAAGAGGCAGUUCGGAUUGUUAGUUUUUUCCAUAAAUCUGGUUAUUUUAUGGGUAAUCUUCGAGAUGAGCAAAUAAGGAUUUAUAAAAAAUCAAUAAAAUUGGCUUUACCUAGUGACACUAGAUGGAAUUCAUAUUAUUUUUGUUUUAAUUCUGUAUUAAAGACUCAGGCAGCAUUAAAAUUCCCAGCAGCAAAAUUUAAUCCUGAUCAUGUAAAUGUCACUCGUACAAAUGGUAUUCCUAAUAUUCCAGUGGACAGAAGAACAACUAGAAAUAACAAAUGUCAGCUACCUGAUGAUAUUGUAGAUAGUAUUAACGAUCCAGUAUUUUGGUCAAAGCUAUUUUCAUUACAAAAUCUAUUAUAUCCUUUGUGUUGUUUUCUCAAUCAAUUACAAAAGGAUGCUGCAAGACUUUAUGAAGUGGUCCAUUGCUUUGCAUAUACAUUACACAUUUUUUCUAUGCAUCAUGAUUUGGACUUUUCUGAAAAAAUGGUUUCUAGAAUUGAAAAGAGGUGGAAGGGUUGGGAGCAACCAAUUUUGUUGCUUUCCAUUAUUCUUCAUCCUUCUUAUAAAUUAUCAAAAUUUAGACCAACUAUAAACAAUUUAUCAUGGACACAUGUUGGUCAGUGGCUGAAGUAUUAUUAUCAUGCCUUUUGUGGAAAACCAGCAACUAGUAUUUUAGCAGAAUUGAUUGAUUAUAGAAGAGGGAAUGAUCCAUAUGAUUAUGAUUCUUUUUUGCAAUUUAAAGGAAAUGUUUUGAAUUUUUGGGAGUCAACAAUUGGAGUUGGGCCUGAAUUAGCAAAAGUGGCUAUUCGUAUUCACGCUGUUUGUGUAAAUUCAGCCUCAGUAGAACAAUUAUGUAAUAAGCAACAGCAAUCUUUAAUAUAUAAGUGA